AUGAAAACACCACAGCGCGAGAUGCAGCCGGCGAAGGCGAAGCCGGCGCCGGAGCCCAGGAGGAAGGGCGCCGCGGCGCGGGCGCGGGCGCCUGCGGAGGAGGCCUUCACGGCGCGCGAGCUCGACGCGGCGAGGCAGCUCAUCCACCUGAGCGAGAGCAGCGCGUCCUCGGGCACCACGGGCGCCCGCCCCAUCGCAGCCGCCGCGGCCUCGGGCGGCUCCUCCCCGCGCUCCGUCAACGCCCCUCCGACGCCGGGCGCUGUAUUCCUUGGCGGUUGCGCGGACCGGGAGGAAGAGGAGGAGCGGGAGGUAGCCGGGAGCCAGCGGAGGUUGAAGCGGUACCGCCUGAUCGCCGAGAUCUACGCCGCGACGGAGGAAAUCGGAGGCCGUAGCGGCAGCGGCGGGAAGAACAGGAAGGAUUAGACGACGAGACGCGGGGGGGAGGAGAGGGAGCUUUCUUGUAAUUAGCGUAAUUGCUGGGGGGUAGCUCGUAGUUCGAGCUCGCAAUCCUCUCCUUCCUCGCCGGAGGGGAAUCGCCAUCGAUCUCGCUGUAAAAGCUUCGUAUUUGCAAUAAGAAUUACUUGGUUGGAGUUAGAGAGUACCA